UUCUGCAGCGAUAAUCGGGUUACCAUAUAUGGUCAGGACGUUCUACGCGGCGCCAUCUACGUCACUGCUGCGUCACCUCCGGUUCUCUCUUUCCCGUCAGAUUUCUAACAAUGGCGCCGCUCAAACAGAAGAGGCCAACUGUUGGCAGGAAGACCAAAAAGGGAGCUUCAUGGAAGUUCACCUUGGACCUGACCCACCCUGUGGAGGAUGGGAUCCUGGACUCUGCCAACUUUGGCCCCCUUCCCUAGCUCCGAAUAUACUAGGGUUCUCUUCCCUAGUGCGUCACUGUGUUCUGUCCAACAGGAAACCUUCCUUAAAGAGAGGAUUAAGGUCAACGGAAAGACGGGCAACCUGAGUAACAUCGUCCAGGUCGGCCGCAUGAAGAACAAGAUCAACGUCACAUCUGAGAAGCAGUUCUCCAAAAGGUAUCUGAAGUACCUAACGAAGAAGUACCUGAAGAAGAACAACCUCCGGGACUGGCUGAGAGUGGUGGCGUCUGACAAGGAGACGUACGAGCUGCGUUACUUCCAGAUCAGUCAGGACGACGACGAGGAGUCGGAGGCUGACGAGUGAACACCGUUCUGUCUGUCAGGAGAAUAAAUGUGGGAAAAUAA